AUGGCAGUGGGUUUGGCAGGGCGCUGUGCGGGUGGGUUAGUGGAUUCAUCUUGGGCGACGGAGGAGAAGUUUGAAAUUGAUGGUGGAGGAAGAAGAUCUGAAGAUUUAGGUUUGGAGAGGUUGGGCGCCGCUGAUGUGCUUGUGCAACCGGUGGGAGCGGGGAAAGCACAGGCGGAGGCGGAGAAGCUGGACGAGGUUCGGCCGGCGGAGGGGUUGCGGGUUGCAGUCGGCGGCGGAGAAGCUGGAGCAGGUUCGGCCGGCGGAGGGGUUGCAGGCGGCGGCGGAGAAGCUGCAGGAGGAACGGCCGGCCGAGGGGAUGCAGGCGGCGGCGUGCUCACCGGCAGACGAGCGGUGACGGGCGGCGUUGCUGUAGGAGGCGAUUUGGGGAUUUUGGAGGAAUUUGCGAAUUAG